AUGCGCAUCGUUUACACCGUCCUUGCCUUCUGGGCAACCGUUGCCAUUGCCGAACCCCCUUUCGAAGGCUACCUCACCACUCUCCUGCCUCAAGGUCCCGUCGAAUGUACAAGCACCGAUAUUCAAAAGAUGACGGUCGAAUCAUGCGAAUGCCCCCCUCCAGCUGAAGGAUGCAAAGACCACCCUUGCAGGGCUUGCGGUCAUGAUGCUCCCAAGGACGUCAAGGUCUGCGAUACAACUUGCAAGCAAAGCGAGGUCACUUGCGAGGCCUGUGGCCUCUUCUUCAACUCUCUCUGCCGAUGCCUCAAGAAUAAGCACGGGGACUGUAUCACCAACCAACCUAUGCGUGUGGGUGGGGACGAUAUCUGGGCGCUUCUCCCUGGCCACGAUAACCUCACUACCACCAACAAGCUGCUCUCGGGUAUCCUCGAUAUGAGCGACCAGGUGAACCGUGCAUUCGGUGACCGGGGAUGGGUGUUUGCUCAGAAGAACUACGACCCAUCUAGGGAGGCGCUGCUGCUCAACUCGUGGAGGGCUAGAACGCAUGAACAAGUCCACAUCCACCGCUGUGCAGUCAACGAGACGACUCGAGAUAUCUUGUCCAACGAAGAUACUGUUAAAUCGGGCCAGCUCACUCAGAUGAAGAAGGAUCCAGAUUUGUGGUGUAUCACGCGCGAAAAAGGGGUUACUGCCACGACGUUUGCUACUAGCAUCUCGCAGUUCUUGGACGAGAACCAUCCUGGGGUGUGCGCCAAGCUUGUUGGUGCGGGAAUUCUGAGGGAUAACAAUAUGCGUACUUGGGCUUGUGCGACGACCAACUCUGCUGGGCCUUUGGGAAAGAUGGGGAUCUGUAAGCCUUCGACUGCAAAGACCCUUUGGCUGUCAGAUUGA